AUGGACGAAGCUCAUUGUUCAGCUUAUUCUAUGCACUCGGGUAGUACCAAGAUGUAUUGGACACUACAUGAGUACUACUCAUGGCCACAUAUGAAGGGUGACAUAGCUAGGUAUGUGAGCAAAUGUUUGAUUUGCCAACAGGUAAAGGCGGAGCGACAUAGACCAUUUGGACUUAUGCAACCACUUCCGAUCCCUGAAUGGAAAUGGUAA